GAAUGGUUCUGAUCACGUGACAGCACGUGCGUAAUAUCAAUACAGUAGCAGAAGAUAAUUCUCUCUACACACAUUACUACGAUUUCAUUACACAACAGAGCACAUUUUAUACUUCAUUGCACUGGAUUCUACGACAUGGGACCAAUUUUAUGAUAAAAAAUAGAGAUUAUUAAAUGGUAGUUAUAGAUGGUAUUAGAAUAUGACUAGUCAGCGUGUUAUUGUAGAUGAAACUGAACCAACAGGUGGUGAUGAACCACCGUUUGAACCUCGUUACGUCACAGUGAAGAAAUCAAAAUGGGUGACUGAUGAAUAUGAUAUUCAUAAUAAUCUGCUGGGAAGAGGGAAGUUUGGCGAAGUCAAACCAUGCCGUGAAAAGCGUUCUGGGCGCCAGUUAGCAGCUAAGUUUAUAGAAUUUAGUGGACCACAAGAACGGAAAGAUGUUACAAACGAGGUGGAGGUCAUGAGAAGUCUCCAGCACCCAAGACUAUUACAGAUUUAUGACGCAUUUGAAAAUAAAAGCGCAUUUUGUAUUGUCACAGAGUUAAUUACAGGUGGAGAACUGUUUGAGCGAGUUAUCAACGAUGAUUUCGUGUUGACAGAAAAAGCAUCUGUGAUGUUCAUGCGCCAGAUUUGUGACGGCGUUAGUUUUAUGCAUUCCAGACACAUUCUUCAUUUAGAUAUGAAGCCUGAAAACAUUCUUUGUUUAUCAAGACAAGGGAACAGAAUAAAAAUUAUAGAUUUUGGAUUGGCACGGAAGUACAAUCCGAAAAGCGAAUUGAAAAUUCUGUUUGGUACUCCUGAGUUCAUGGCUCCAGAAGUUGUAAACUUUGACCCUGUUUACCCAGCAACGGAUAUGUGGAGUAUUGGUGUGAUAUGUUACAUAUUAUUAUCAGGAUUAUCUCCCUUCCAAGGAACAACAGAACCAGAAACGCUGUGUAAUAUAACGACAGCGAAAUGGGACUUUAGUGCAGAAGAGUUCGAGUGUAUAUCAAGCGAUGCUAAAGAUUUUAUAUCAAACCUUUUAGUGAAAGACCCAAGUAAAAGAAUGACUUGUCGGGAGUGCCUUGAUCAUAAAUGGUUGCGGAAACAGAUUCAAAGGGCCACUAAAGCUGUACAGAGGACCCUGUCUACUAAACGUUUAAGAAAGUUUGUUUACCGCAGAAAAUGGCAGAGAGCUGUCAAUGCAAUGCUUGCGUUGAAAAGAAUGGGUGUAGACUUAGUCUGAUUGAUUGAGACAUCGUUCAUAAUACUUAUUAUUUAAAUACAGGAAGUGGACACAUAUUUCACAUAUACCAUGUGAUAUGCACGUGAAAAGUGUAUCCGACAUCUACGACGUACACGGUAUACUGAACACUAUAAUUAUUUGAAUGUGAAUCUGUGAAAAAGGGACCUUUAAUUGGACUGAUUGUGACUGGAAAUAUAUCGAUGUGUUGUGAUGUAUAAAAGAUUUUGAAAUAAAUAUUAAUGCAAAAACGUUCAAA